CAUUAUGGUAAUUUGUUUCUACGCAUUUUAUUAUUUAAAAUCUGACAGUUUAUUCUAUGUUUGGGGGUAGCGACAAGAAGGAUCUAUCAUGGCCUGACAGUGACAAAUAAGAGAGAAACAAUUCUGAAUGUUGAUGCUAAAGCUAGCGGCGACAUCCGAAAGGUUCGGCUUUUGUUUUGGGGGGAAAUGGCGGAGCUUCAUGUCAUAGGGCAGCUGGUCGGGGCCGCCGGUUUCCCCCACGGCCGCCUCUUUUGCAAAUGGGGGCUCCACACGGGAGGAGCGUGGCGUGUGCUCUCGGGCUCCAAGCAGGGCCAGACUCAGGUGGACGACCCCCAAACGGGAGGUACGGCGUACUGGAGCCACCCCAUCGACGUGCAUUACGCGGUUCAGGGUCUCCACGGCUGGCCCAAGAUGCACUUCCAGGUGUGGCACCAGGACUCGUUCGGACGCUGCCAGUUGCUCGGUUACGGCUACUGCCACGUCCCGUCCACCCCCGGGCACCAUCGAAUCAGCUGCGCCACCUGGAGGCCGCGCGGCUCGUGGCAGGAGGAGCUGUCGCAAAUGUUCGUCGGCGGGGGGCCGCAGCUCCGCAGCCCGGACGUCAUCUACAGCGGGGCGGAUCGGUACAGGCUGCACACCGAAGCCGUGGGCACCGUGGAGCUGGAGCUCGGCGUCAUUAUGAGACAUUUUGACAAAUACGGAGUGGACGCUUGACUCGGAACAACAAAACAACCUUGCACUCUAGUCUUAGCAAUUGUGCAUUUCUAACUUUUUGUGCUUAAACUCUAUAAUGUUACAUUUAUUUUUUUAAAAGUUAGCUCCAGCUCCUUCUCUACCAUUCUACAUUUUGUAUUAUACAGUCAAAUCAUGACGUAAAGGUUAUUUUUCUCUCUCAAUUUAGCACUCAGUCUACGUUCCCACCCUCACCUCCGGGUACGAGCUGUGGGUCGCGAUCGAAAGAACAAGAUCCCGGAUACAAGCGCCCGAAAGGAGUUUAGACCUUAGACCUUCUCACCCUUCGAGAUAGGCUGAGAAGCCCGGUCAUCCGAGAGGGGCUCAGUGUCAGCAACCACGCAAACCAAUGUUUGGACUUGAAAACUUAACUGACCUUCAAACCCUGACCCAGCUCGGUUGAAAACUUGAAACCUCAACCUUGGCUAAAAUCCCUCACCCUGGCUUGAAACCAUAAUUUAAAACCCAAAGUCUUAGCGCAAGAAACAUGAACACUGGCUAGAAACUCUUAACUUGAGAAAUCUUUGCUAGUGACCCCGACCCUGGCUCGAAGGUGUAUUUUGAAACCUAUUCUGGAAACCCGAGGGGAUUCUGGGAAUCCCUGCAAAAACUACUGUCCCCGUGACCCGAAAUUAACCACGGGGGUGUGGGGGGGGGGGUGCAAAAAAAAAAAAAAACGAAAAGCCAGGAAAAUUAAUUCAGAAUCAGAAACUUGAUCAUCCACUUUAGUUAUUGAAAAAUAAUCGAUAACACUACCUGUGACACUAGUUAUCAAAGUUGGAUUAUUUGUCAUUAUGAGAUGAAUUUAUAUACGCUGUACUGCAGUUUAUACAGAACACGCUAACUUUACCAUAAAAAGUGUUCUUGUUCCAGAAUGCAGUCACCCCCGUGGGCCGUCCCUUCCCCUGCGCUCGCCCGUCCCGUCGCCGGCGUUUGGGAUAAAACAAGUGUGCUUGUUGAUUUCCAAACGGCUGCAGGCCUUCGUUCGGAGCUAAUCUUCCCCUGAAAAAGAAGCCCCCCCCCCCCCCCCCCCCCCCGCUGCUUCCCGCUGCAUUCACAUGCUACGUGGCUUCAUCUGCAUGACAACGUCGCGCGGAUUAGCCUAAUAGCAUUGGAUCGUUAGCUUUGGCCGUAAUUAACGCUGAACUCAGUUUCCGCUUUUAAUUGCGCUGGAGAGUUACUCCAGUUAUGCCGUGUCUCUUGUUCUUUCUGCUUUUGUUCUACUUCCUGUUUUAUGUUUACUUUCCUCAGGCGUUGUGGAAAUCUGGAUGGUUGGAGUUGGUACUGAGCAACUUUUUUAUGAUCAAAGGACUUUGACUUGGAUCUGUGACUGGUGGUGUGCAAGUUUGUGCUGUCCGAUAAAUAGGACCACUGAGACGUAGACCGGUAGUUUAGCUGAUAUCGCUAUCGCUAGUACUCAAAAGCUAAAUUGUUUCUAUUUACGCUGCUACUGAGCGAUUUUACUUUGGUGAACAAAAGACUUGUGCUUUUUUUGACAAUAAAAAGCACUGUGGAAAAAAAAAAUGGUGCUUUAUUGGCCGAGUCAGCAAUAAUGCUCAAACCAGGCAUAAUGUUACAGUGGAUUGCAAUAAUAGUACUGUAAUUUCAGGCCUAUAAACCGCAACUUUUUUCAUGCGCUUUCAACCCUGCAUCUUAUGCGGUGAUGCGGCUAAUUUUUGCAUUUUUUUCUAUAAGCUGCAAAGGGGCACUCGAGCGGAAAAGGUAAGAGUGAGGGCGGUGGAAUAUAUGUGCCAAGGAAGUUAAUUUUACCGGUAUGUUUUUUUUUUUUUUUUUUUUUUUACCGGCCCUGUUAGCACCGCACUAGCCUUAGCGCCACACUAGCAUGAUGCUGCUGUGUAACUGCUGCGUCUCAGUAAUUUAGAUAUGUUUUGUUAUUAUUUUUUUUUUAACAGGCCUUGUUAGCGCUGUGCUACUGUGUAGCUGCUGUGGCAGGUUUUUUUUUUUUUGUUUGUUUUUUUACCGGUAUGUUUUUUUGGUUUUUAACAGCCCUGUUCGUUGUUUGUUAAGUUAAGCCAAGGUAAUAAAACUUUAAAAACUC